AUGGCGCAGCGAAAGCAGCGCGAAUCGCAACAAGUAGCCCAACUUCUGAAGAUUCUGGCAAACAACGGCGGUGGAAACAACACCAAAAAGAGUAGGAAAAGAACUAGCAGCAGCAGCAGCAGCAGAAAGCACAGAAAUAAGCGCCGUAGCGAUCAAGAGACAGGCAACAGUAAUAGAAACAAGAAAAACAGCAAGAAGCAACAAAAGGGUGCGAGCCCCGGUAAGGAAGGCGGUCACGGCAGCAGCGGCAGAAACAGCAAGUGGAAUCUCGCGCUGCCGCAUGUUCCCAACUUGAAUGCGCACAACUUCCCAGCAGUCUCCGGCUUCAGCCAGCGCAGACACAGCUUGUUGCUCGAACACCUCUGGACCGUCAUCGACAAGCAGUUCCCCGACCCCCCCGACCCGGGCAUCGACCCCAGCGAUGACCUAGUCAUCCCCGACGCCGACCAGUUUCCCCCCGAGAUUGACCUGCAAUCAACAUGCGUCGAUCUCUCUUGGAUGCUCAUGACUCUCUACGACCGGCUCAGUAAUAUCGAGCCAUUUCAACCGAGCGUCCAACAGUCGUUCGCUCCCCCGUCCUCGGUGGCCAUGGGGACCACUAUCCUAGACCAGUUCCUCGCCGGAAUCGCCGAUAUAGUCUCUCGUCGACAAGGCGAGCAUUUGCAAGAUGUCUUGCAGGUAUUGCCCCUUAAAAUGCGAGACAGCUACCACCACAUGGCAAACGAGAUUCAGGAAACAUAUCCACGCGGGCAAGGAGACGACGCCCUGUUGAAGCGGUGUGAAACGCUCGUUCCCAGGACGUCGGAUGGAUCUACAACAUGGCCUGCGUUUCCCAUGUUCAUUAGGUCCUACUUGGCCUACCUCCGUGACGGGGAUGUAUCAAAUCCACUUAAAGCUCAUACAUAUAUCAGCUUAUUGUUAAACCAAUGCAUGCAAGCACUCGGAGACAGCCAGAUGGGCGCCAUCGUCCUUCGCACCGUCGUUUACCUGUCCCAAAUAGUUGCUAGCCUGGCAGUGACCGUCGAAAAUACUCCGCAGCUGUUAGCUGAACUCCAGGGAUCCGGAUCACAGGAUACAUUCCAACGCCCAAAUUUGCUAGAGAACGCAGCCAAUGUCGUUCGCGAGGGGUUUAUCAAAUGUUUAACUGAUCGCGGUGGCACGACUAACCAACAAGGCAAACCGGAGGGAAAGCGGGCCGGGAUAUACCUGAUGGUUAACCAGUGCCUGAAGCUGCUGGAUAAGAGCGGCAACCUCCGAAGUGCCGAUACAAUAUUCAAAAGCAUUGUUUCCCAGUCGCCUCCGCUUGAAUAUUAUCCGGUUUCGCAGCGGGUGACCUACCUCUACUAUCUAGGGCGAUACCUAUUCGGAAGUGGCCGUUUCUUUCCUGCUCAGAAGGCUCUGUUCGAAGCUUACAUGAAAUGCCACGUGAACUGUAUGAAACAAAAGCGCCGUAUCUUGAUUUACCUCAUUUCGUGUAAUAUCAUCAUGGGUCGGUUUCCUUCUAUGCAACUCCUGCAGAAACCCGAGGCUCGGGGUCUUUAUGACAUCUUCGUUCCGCUGUGUCGGCUCAUUCGCUCUGGCGACUACCUGUCCUUUCGGGAAUACUUCAAAUUGGGAACGCCUAUUGCGCAAUGGUACCUCAAGUUGGGGAUGUUAUAUCAGAUGCGCAAUCGUUGUGAACUCCUCGUUUGGCGAUCGCUUAUCCGUAAAGUCUUCCUGCAUGGAGGCUUUCACGGCGACCCCACAGCACAGCGUUCCCCGCCACCGAUGCUCCAUCUGAGCAAACUAGAAGCUGCAGUCAGGUUUAUCCAGGCUCGCCACAAGGCCAACUCCCACGCCGCGGUGGCUGGGGGUGCAACGAAUGGAGCCAGUACAUUUACCCUUGACGCGCCUAUAGACCAGGACUACCAAGGUAUUGCCAAAUUUGUGCCGCAUAUAUCCGACCCUGAAGAUAGGGACUAUCUUUGCCCGCCCGGGUACUAUGACGAAGACGGUGUUUGGGUCGAGAACCCGAUGGGACAGCGCGUCUUCGGACAUGAGGGCAAGGAAUAUGUGGGAGACGUGAAGGAGCUGCUUCCGUACAUCGCUGAAAAUGUCUCGUCUGAACCAGCUUCGAACUUGCUGCAGGACAUUGAGUCAAUCGUCGCCUCUCUCAUCAAGCAGAGCCUGCUCGGUGGUUACCUGACCCAUAAUCCAGCACGAUUUGUUAUUCCCGGCGCUAAACAUGUGGGAGCUAUGGCCAAGGGGUUUCCAAACAUCUGGCAAGUCAUCAGCACGCAACAAGAGGCUUAUGGCAAUACUGUGCCCGGCUGGGUUGCGCGACAUGUGGCGUUUGAUCAACCGGGGAUCUCUGCUGGUGGCGGCCGUGUCAUCAGUCUGCAGGGUGCCAAAGCAGUGGGGUCGUAG